UCAAUGCAAGUGCUCAUAUGCAGAACUCUGUUUUUCAGAACAGUGUAUAUAGCUACAAGUCAUAAGUAUAUAUAACGCUGUUUACGUACGACGUAAUCAUACUUGCACCAGACAAUUGAUCUAUGCUCCUUUGUAAAAAUAUAAAGAAUCAACUUUAAUGGCUGAGCAAGAGACUAGGGGAGCAGCAGCCCUAAAUUCAAAUGGUGAGCAAAGAGAAACCAGAACUCCGAGAAUUAUUGUUCAGGGAGGAGCGUAUACUUUGGGAGGGUUAAAUGUAUUUAGGCAACAGUUUCUGGAUGGAAUAAGGGAAGCUGCAAAAGUAGGAUAUGCUCGUUUGGUGACAGAUAACGGGACGGCAGUUGACGCUGUUGAAGCAGCAGUUUGCUAUUUGGAGGACAAUCCGUAUUUUAAUGCAGGUUAUGGCUCCUUUCUGACCGAGAAGAAGGAAGUGGAAUGUGAUGCAAUGAUAAUGGAUGGAAAGAAAAUGAGUGCAGGUGCAGUGAUAACUGUUAGUCAUUUUCGCCAUCCUGUUUCACUCUCCAGAAAAAUCAUGGACGAGUCAUCUCACUGCGCAUUAAGCGGCGAGGGUGCUUUGGAAUUUGCUCGGAGCAAAAAUUUUCCUACUUUGGAAGACCCAAAUGAACUUAAAGCGCCGACAAGUUUAAACAUGGUGAUACAGCACCACAACUUUGAUAAAUUCGUAGAGUAUCAUUAUGCUGGAAAGCCAAUGAUCGAUAGUAAUAAUGAGGGUCACGAUACAGUCUCAGCAGUUGCUUUGGAUGCUAAUGGUAAUUUCGCAUGUGCAGCAUCAACAGGUGGAAUACCAGGAAAAUUGAAAGGACGUGUCGGUGAUGUACCAAUGAUUGGCUGCGGUGGUUAUGCAAAUGAAUAUGGAGCAGCUACAACGACUGGGCAUGGGGAGAGGUUAAUGAAAAUGACUUUGGCAAGAGAGGUCGUUUAUAAUAUGGAAAGAGAGAGAAGUGCUCAGAUAUCUGCGGAGGAAGCGUUAAGCAGAAUGUUCAAUCGAGUGGAAGGUCAUGGUGGUGUAAUUGCAAUUGACAAAAAUGGUGAAUUUGGAAAAUCCUUCAACACCGAUGUAAUGAUUUGGGCGACGGUUAAAGAUGGGGAAUUGAAUUAUGGCCUUGAUAACAAUAAUAACUUCACUGAAAACUUGUAGAAGUGAAAUAUUUUGUGUAGUAUUUUGUGUCCAUAUUCGUCGAAUCGACGUUAUGGGUGGGCAGGAGGGUCAACGUAAAAACGUUUGUCUCUCGACGUAAACGUGUACCACUAUGUCGACGUUAUCUAAGCUGGGUGGAUGGGUACAGACAUAACGUCGAUUCGACGUUAGACGUGGCAUCAGUUAUUAGGGGCGGACUGGCUCACAGGGAUACAGCAAAAUUUCCCGGUGCGUCCCACAUAUCACAGAUUUGUGGGCCUUAGCUCCUCAUUUUCAUUUUCAGCUUCAAAAGGUGUCCCCCCCCCU